AUGUCUGAUACCAUCAAGAAAAAGGAGGCUCACAUGGAAGAACAUCAUUAUGCAGAGGAAGCAUGGAAAGCUGAUAAUAAGAAUUCUUCGGGUAACAGACAGACAGCGACUCGAGGCUCAGGAACAUCGCAGCAGACUUUACAAACAUCCGCAGACAAUACGAAUAAGGAUGAAAAUGGAGACGGAAAUGGUUCUUUAUUGAAAAAAGUUAUUAUUGACGACGAAGGCGACCCAAAAGAAAGUGAUAAUAGCAUUGAAGAUGCAAUUAUUGGUUUAUCAUAUCAGGAUCAUAAUUAUGGAAGACGAUCUGAAAGUGCACAGAAAAAUGAUGGGGAAAAUGGAGAAAAAUUUCCUAUCAUUGGUGGACUUGCUUCUUACAUCGGAGAUGAAGUCAGUAAAAUUCCUAUAGGCCAUCACUCUCGGGAUGCAAAUUCGGAACAUUUUUCAAGACCACAGAGUUAUGGAACGCAUUAUCGAAAGGUCUCAGAAAUGGAUUCACGCACACCAUGUAGAAUAUAUUCUGCUGCUGUGGGUGGAUGUCGAGCAAAUCAUAUGCGAAGGUUGCCAGUUUCGUCCAGUGGACAAAUAUUUUCCCGGCAAACUCCUAUUACGGCUACUCAGAAUUACCGUACUCCUCGUCGAGGUGUAGGAGUGACUCAGAUAUCGGCUAAUAAUCAAAGUGAUGUAUUAUUCCGUUCACGUCAUUUUAUCAGUUCCGGUGGAGCAUUUGCAACAUCAGCACUAGCGAACAAAAGAAUCGUUCGACCAGCGCAUCCUCCAACUCCUCCAGUAUCAGCUUGUCGUCAAGGCACACGUCAAAUAAUUCCUGCUAGCAAAUCGAUUUCGGCAACAAUGCCUGCUUAUGCGACAGCAGUUAAUACAACAGGCGCUGAUUCCGAAACAAAUGUCACAGAUAUGAGUGUUGGUUUGGCGCCGUUUCUUGUACCAUCUCGACGGCCCCGUCCGGUUGUCCGAAACCGAGCGCGGGCAUCACGUGAGCCAGAUAAAGGAACAGAAUUGUUAGUGCAGAAGCCCAUUGUCAAUGACCUUCAGAUAGACAAUACUGUUAACGCUGAAGAACAAUCUAACAUCAUUAUUGCUCCUCGACAACGUCUUCCGAAAAAUAUAGCUCGUAAUAGUAGAGUUGUGAAACACCAGUAUAUCAUGGCAGAACCUCUUGAACCUUGUCAUGUUCCUCGUCUUGAGCAUACUGCUGUACAGUGUGCACUCCCAAGUGUUGAUCCAGUGGUAAGCAUGGUUGUGGAUGGAAAGUUGUCAUCAAAAAGUCUUCGAAGUUCUUCUCCGGUAGUUCACUGCACAGAAGAGCAGGAAGCAUCUUCGCAGAGUUUUUCUGCUGAUUCUCAUGAACUGAUUCAUAUCGGUAAUGAGGGCAGAAUACAUGAUCCUCAACAAAUCGCUCAAGCUUGUACAGCGUUUUCUCAUCGUUCGCAGCAGGAUAUCACAAAACAUGUUGAGGAGCAUUAUCGAAAGUUCCGGAAGGAAUCAUUCGUUGCUAAUUCUCGUCAGCUUCUUACUCGACAACUCGACGAACUCCAGAUGCGACAAUCUCCAAUUCGUCAUCCUGAAAGCGCCGUUUUCGACACUUCGAAAAAAGUGGAGAUGGAUCAUGUCGCGGAGCAGUCUGUGGCGCAACCUAUAAUAAGCGUUUCGGUAACGAGUCUCUCUAAAGAACUUCCAGAGGGAAUCGGUCUUCAUCGGCAGCAACCAAUAUCGCCUGGACAUGUUGCCAGUGUUUAUUCCUGCACUGCUUCUCCACUUGGUCAGGAUCGUGAGUUUGAUUCAGGACAGCAAAAGAUAAUGCAGCUAACAUCGGUUGAAACAGAAAUGCCCGUAUUGCCGACCAAAGACAUGGCAGCAAGUGAUAAUAUUCCAGCGGCACUUGACGGUGCAGUGAUUUUGAAAAAAAGUGAUCAUAAAGCUCCCUCGGUGGAAGAUAUGUCGAAUAGAGAAGAACCACCUAUUUUUAAUGAAACAUGUAAUGAGGCUUUGGAACAGCGAGUUUCUGUUGCGACGCAUUCAUCGAUUAGCGGAGCUGAGGAGGAAACGAGCGUAAAUGGUAAUGAUGAUGAAAAACAAACGGAAGAUGAAGCUGGUCGAAUCGGCCAAGCAGCUGCAAGUGUAAAUUCGCCAUCAAACAGCAACAGUGAAGAUGAUUGGGAAGAAGAAUACACGACACGUUGUUAUUGUGGCUUGAAUCAUAACGACGAAUUCAUGAUACAAUGUGAUAUGUGCAAUGUAUGGCAACAUGGCAAGUGUAUGGACAUUGAUCGACGUCGAGUGCCAGAUACUUACCAGUGUGAAGAAUGUAAUCCACGUCAGUUGAAACUUAGCAAAACUCAGGCACGAGAGAUGCAAUUGAAAGUGCUUGCUCGACAGCGCAGAGAAAAGGAAAAGAAACGUCGCCAAAGAGCUAAAGGACCUUUUAAAAAGAGAAUUGGGGGAAAAUCAGAAGAAACGAAGAAAAGACAAGCAAGAGGAAAUUUAUCGAAAGAUUUCGUCGAAUGUUUCAAAUAUGAAUAUACAAGAUCUGUCAUGGCAUUUUCACGCAAACACGAAGACACGGGUGAUCCUGCGGUAUUGGAAGCAUUGCAAAACGACGAUGGUGUGAGUGUUAUGUACGUUACACAGGUGUCCAUGGGACUGGUUUCGACACGGCCAUACCAUGGUGAUGAACCAGUAAUAUAUAUUUGUGGGCGUGUGUCGCUUCCCCACGAAUGUCGUGGUCGAGAAGAGCCAGGAUCAAUCAUUCCUUUUGUUGUUUUGUAUAGUGACCUAACGGUUGAGGAAAACAGAGAACCUACACCAGUUUGUAUUGAUGCUCGUCGGUUCGGUUCGAAAGCACGAUUUGCUCGCGCAUCCUGCCGACCAAACAUUAAGUUGCAACAUUUCUUUUUAAAAGGCAAGCUGCAUAUCAUCGGUAUUGCUGCGGAAAAUAUCGAACGUGGUGAAGAGAUUACUCUUCCAUUUGAUGCCGAUUACUUCAUGUCAAAAACGAAACAUGUUUGCGCGUGUUCAGCAGAUGACGAGGAUGAUGGCACUGUGGAUUGUUUGAUCCGUAACUUUAAUCGAUCGCUUGAACAGAAACAAAAUCGAGUCAGCGCUGCGGCUCUAAACACAAUUUCGAAUCCAGCGGUAAAUGUUAUUUCGAAAGAUCAUGCCAAUAAGCAGUGUAUGGAAAUGAAGGUUAAAAAAGUGCAGACGAAUAUGAAGUCUAAAAAUAUUACGAGUGGAUCUCGAUAUUCUCCAAUAACAUAUUCAUCGAAAGCGACUGCAUCUGAUUAUAGCGAUGAAGUGAAUACAGUCGGAAAAAUUGAAACAGCAACAGCUGUAACACCUACUACAGAAGAUGAAAAUGCACUUAAUAAGAAUGUAUUACCAGACAGCUCUUCAGAGAUGCAGUCCCGUACUCGAACUAUUGCAAGUGGUUUUUCAAGAAAAGCUCGGAGUAAGCUAUCGAAGAUAUCCCUCAGCUCUCCACCAAAUAGAAAAAAAGGCGGCAUCAAAUUACGCUAUCGUGGAGCAGCUAGUUGUAGAACUAUCGAAACAAGACAAGAAGCAAGCACAAAUCAGUGUGGAAGUUCCGUUAUCCCACCAAAGGCGGAAACUGAAAUUAUUUAUAUCAUCAAGGACACAGCGGAUGCCGAUAGCUCACUGGAAAAAGUGGCAUGUCCACUUAUUGACGAAACAAGCGUGCAGACGGAGGAGCAGAAUGAGAAGCGGCACGUUGCAUCAAAUAAAGAGUGCGAUAUUGCAUCCGUAGAAGAGAAUAAGGUUAUGACGGAAAAAUUGAGAACACAUACAGAAAUAAUUGAAGAUGUGCAAAAAGCAGAUGCGGUACCAGUUGCUGUGAAGAAUGCUGGCAGACCUAGAAAGAAACGACGAACUUCUGUUGGUGCGAGAGUAAUUAAUGCAGUUGAUUGGACAGGGAAAAGUGAAGCAAAUGAACACUUGGUCGCUUCGAAGAGUUCAACGAAGAAGAUACAUCAUAAAAGAAGUGGCCUGGUGGAAGAGGUUGAAAGCGUGAACUAUAUGCUUCCCGAGGAGCGCAAUAAAGCAAUGUCUCGAGAAGAACGUAAGGUACUGCAAGAGCUCGCACUGUUCGAACGUAUGCACCAACGUGAGGCAAAACGGCAGCAGCAUGUACUCUCUACGCGUGGAUCGGCAAGUAUUGGGAGCGCUUGCUCUCGUACUUCAUCUAUCAUUGGCCCACCACACCCACCAUCUGAGUUUAAAAAAGUUGCGAAGAUUGCAGAGAGUGUAAAUGAUGGAAGAAACACACGAAGCCGACAACGAAACCAGAAUGGCACAAAAUCGAAAAAACCGAAAGGCCGACAGCGCGUAUCAACCUCGGAAUGCCCUUCAGCAGUUGCGAUUAAACGAAGUCGUACGAUGAGCGAAGGUGCAAAAUCGAGAGAGAAAUCCGAAACAGAGCAUGAUAUAAACGACAUCAUUAAAAAGGCAGUAUCAUUUUCACCUUUUGCUCAGAGCAUCACUGGAGCGAAGACAGAAUUCAAAAUAAAAGGAAACGUAGAAGGUGUAACUAGAAAGGUAGAACCACAAGAAUUGGAAGCGUCCACUGAUAAUGCUGCUUUCAUUUGCAAAGAUUCUUUUCUGCCAUGUGCAAAGCGAGGAAUCCAAAACAUAGAUUCAAUUCAGCACGACGACAGUACGAUCACUUGCUUUUCCAAGGAGGAGCAUAUGAAAAACGAGGUAGAACCGUUGCCGAAAAAAAUGCGUGAAAGUCAUGGUACAUAUAAUAGAAGUGAAUCAGGUAUGCCAGGGAAAGCUUUUGUUUCGUCAUUUGUUGUUAAAUCAGGCAAAUUAUUCAUGUACUUCAUUUUACAAAAAUAUAUUUCACGUCUCAUUGGCUAAGAAAUUCGUGCAUUCUUCCGUAAGAUGAUUGAAAUUGAGGCUACUUGUGAACCAUCGGACUUCUCAUUGGAUUUUCAAGUGUUUGAGGGAGUUCAGAUUCCCUUGAAUUCUUUGCAUACCGCAUGUGGUAAAAAUCAAAUGAAUGUUGUGGAAGCUCCUAAGAAAAAGAUGUCAUUAGACGAAUAUAAAAGAAGAAAGAGCUCGAAAACCACCGUAGAUUCGGAGAAGACAUCUGCGAUUGUUGUCGAAAAGAGGGCAGAAGACAGUGAGCACAAACAGAUACCAUUAUCCCGUUCUUUUAUUCCGCUAAUGAGUGCCAGUGGAAGUGCAGGGAAGCGCACAUCACUUCGUCUUGGUGCUCUUCCUGAUCCCGUACAGCUGCGCGCAACUCCAACACUUUCAAUUGAUGACCUGAAACGUCGUAUUUAUCGGCGAACGACAUCUUCAGCUACACUAACCUCGAAUACUGAUGGUAUUUCACCUCCCUUCAUGGUGCAGAAGAAUGCUUCACAUAACUCACCAGGACAGCGCUCUGAGGAAGGACCACAUUCAUUCGCACCCUUGUCCUCGUCAUCGUCAUGGCGAAGAGAACCACCUUCAACAGUAUCUUCCAAUAAAGACAAGAGGCUCCCGCUCGAAGAGCGAUUACGCUUGUUACUUGGCUGUGGUGAAGGGUAUGCGGAUAGGUACAGUUCAUCUGUAUCUCCACCAGCUAUUCCUCCACCACCUCCACCGCCUCCCCCUCCUCUUCCUAUCAAGAAUCCAGAAAUACCAAAAUUGAAAUGCGAUCUCUCUGGCGGCAUUCAUUCGGAUAUCCCUCUACCACCAGCACCACCGAUGACUGCUCCAUCUUGCAGUCAACUUGAUCAACGUUCAUGUGAAGCACAUACGUUGGAACCUCGUAGAAGUUGA